GGUGUAGAACCUGAGCAAAGCCUUGGCCACGUCGAUGCUUUUCUGCAGGUACUGGAUGUAGUGCAGGACAUGCAACAGAAUCUCCUUCUGCGUCCGAGACAGAGGCCGGAGCCUCCUCAACAAGCCCAAGAGCGAGAUGACCCCGGAGGAGCUGCAGAAGCGGGAGGAGGAGGAGUUCAACACGGGGCCCCUCUCCGUGCUCACGCAGUCGGUCAAGAACAACACCCAGGUGCUCAUCAACUGCCGCAACAACAAGAAGCUUCUGGGUCGCGUGAAGGCCUUCGACAGGCACUGCAACAUGGUGCUGGAGAACGUGAAGGAGAUGUGGACCGAGGUCCCCAAGAGCGGCAAGGGCAAGAAGAAGUCCAAGCCCGUCAACAAGGGCCGCUACAUCUCCAAAAUGUUCCUGCGAGGUGACUCCGUCAUCGUGGUUCUGCGGAACCCACUUAUCGCUGGCAAAUAGGGCCGCACCGGCACGCCGGGAAGCCCUGCCCCGCGUCUCCAGAAGAAUAAAUGCCCAG